UCUCUCUCGUUUCUCUCAUUUUCCAUCUCCUCUCGUCGAAGAACCAAAUUGUGGAUCUCAGAUUCUUUAGCUCUGAGCCAAAAAAAUUCACUCACCACGAAUGGGGAUUUGAGGAGGAGUUGUUGGAGAAGGAGGUGACGAAGGCGGCGGAGUCGCUGUCGUCUCGCACACUUAACCCCACGAACCCAACACACCCAUUUCUCCAGAACGCACUCAACUCCUCCGUCGUCGAUUCCAAGACCAGUGUGUCGUUUCUGUAGGUCCUGGCAAGGACUCGGCGAUUUCUGGGAUUUGGGUUGAUCCCUCUCUUAUGGCAGUCCCUCAUUCUUAAGGAAAAGGAUGUUCAGUGCUCCAAAAAGAAAAGAUAUAUCCAUGACCCAACAGUAAUAUAUGAGAUAUCAGCAAAACAAGGAAAUACAGUCCUAAUUCCUGAACCAUGUCCUUCCAGCUUCACAAUUGACAAGAACAAGUGCAUGCCACUUUCAAUGGAGACCCAGAGGAAUAAUAAGGUGGGGUAUUUACUGAUCGAACACCUGUUCAUGGACAAUCAGCAUAUCCCUCUGGUUCUCCAUCAAAAGCCGUAUGCAUUUCUCCUUAUCAGAGACUCUCUGCUAAUGUUCCUGUUCAACUUCAUGAGAGGUUUCAAGGUGAGAGUAUCACUAGGUCCUCAGUUAUAGAGAAACCUGGAGACCAUGGAGAAGCACACUUAGUAGCUCUGGGUGAAACUAGAAUUUCGUAAACCAUUUCUAAUAUUAAGUUAUGCUGGAGGUUGAAUAAUCUGAUAGCGGCAGGGGACAUUUAGCAUUGGAAAUAUUUGCCAAUGAUAACGUUUGAGAGCAAAAUUUGGGAAUAUCUAGGUCGAAAAUGCAUCAGCCAUGAAGACCGUCGAUUGAGUUUUGAUUGGGAUUCUGGAAGCACACACGUCUAUCAUUGUUACGUCAACGUGGAUGGGAGUUACAGAUUCAAGCCAGCCAGAACUGUUGAUUUUGGCACCUGUGAUCAAUUAGUUCCAGAGGCAUAUCCAGAUAAGGAUGAGGAGACAAAUGGCUACUUGGCACAAUUUUCGUCAACUGGUUUUACUGAUAUGGGGAACACAACUGAUGAAGGUUCUUAUUUUGGCAAGGACAAAUCAUUGGAGCUCAAUCUAUUCAAGGUUGAUAGAUCAUACCUAAUGAGAAAAUUAGCAUUGUAGUAACGUUACUUUUUUAAUUUCAUUUUGCAGUUGAUUCUCCUUAGAUCGGAUCUUAAUUUGUAUACAUAUUGUAUUAGUGUAUUUUGGUGACUAAAUUCAUUUUGGCACUUU